GAGCGAGGCGGCGGGGGCGGCGCGUUAAAGAUGGCGGCGGCGGGGCCCGGUCCCGGGGCCGGCGCUGGAGCGGCCGGGGGGGCCCGCGGAGGCCGCCACUGAGCCCGGCCGCGCCCCCCGGCACCGUCCGGGACCCGCCGGGAGCCUCCGGGACGCUCGGCUCCAGCCCCGCUGUCCCCGGCACCUGGCCCAGGGAUUCCCGUGGGAGGCGGCGAUGUCGGACAAGGGCGGCAGCAUGGACGGCAGGACGGACAUUGUCAACGGCAGCCUGUCGAGCAGCCCCGAGGACAUGUCGGCCGAGGAGGGCCGCGAGACGUCCUCGGGGAUCGAGGUGGAGGCGUCCGACCUGAGCCUGAGCCUGACGGGCGACGACGCCGGGGCCGCGCGGGGCCGCGCCAGCGACAGCGACAGCUCCGGGGACAAGGACAGCGACAGCAUGGACGACACCGGCCACUACUCCAUCCCCGAGGAGCCGCGGCACGACGAGGACGAGGAGGAGGAGGAGGAGGAGGAGGAAGAGCCCCGCGCCCGGCGCAGGGCGCCCCGCAAGCGGCCGCCGCACGAGCGCGACUCGUCCGACGAGGAGCAGGCGCUGGAGGACUGGGUGGCCUCGGAGACGUGGGCGCUGCCGCGGCCGCGCUGGCGGGCGAUCCCGGCGCUGCGGCAGCGCCAGCUGGGCGGCUGCUCGCGCUUCGUGGCGCAGGCCUGCGGCGCGCGGCUCUUCGUGCAGAAGUUCCGCCUGCAGCACGGCCUGGAGGGCCACACGGGCUGCGUCAACACGCUGCACUUCAACCAGCGCGGCACCCGCCUGGCCAGCGGCAGCGACGACCUCAAGGUGCUGGUGUGGGACUGGCUGCGGCGGCGGCCCGUGCUGCAGUUCGACAGCGGGCACAAGAGCAACGUCUUCCAGGCCAAGUUCCUGCCCAACAGCGGCGACUCCACGCUGGCCAUGUGUGCCCGGGACGGGCAGGUGCGCGUGGCCGAGCUCUCGGCCACCCAGUGCUGCCGCAGCACCAAGCGCGUGGCGCAGCACAAGGGGGCUUCCCACAAGCUGGCGCUGGAGCCGGACUCGCCCUGCACGUUCCUGUCUGCGGGGGAGGACGCCGUGGUCUUCACCAUCGACCUGCGGCAGGACCGGCCCGCCUCGAAAUUGGUGGUGACGAAGGAGAAGGAGAAGAAGGUCGGGCUCUACACCAUCUUUGUCAACCCUGCCAACACCUCCCAGUUCGCUGUGGGCGGCCGCGACCAGUUCGUGAGGAUUUACGACCAGAGGAAAAUCGAUGAGAACGAGAACAACGGAGUCCUGAAGAAGUUCUGCCCCCACCACCUGGUGAACUGUGAGUCCAAAGCCAACAUCACCUGCCUGGUCUACAGCCACGACGGCUCAGAGCUGCUGGCCUCGUACAACGACGAGGACAUUUACCUGUUCGACUCGGCGCACAGCGACGGCGCGCAGUACAGCCGGCGCUACAAGGGCCACCGCAACAACGCCACGGUGAAAGGGGUGAAUUUCUACGGCCCCAAGAGCGAGUUCGUGGUGAGCGGCAGCGACUGCGGCCACAUUUUCCUGUGGGAAAAAUCCUCCUGCCAGAUCGUGCAGUUCAUGGAGGGGGACAAGGGCGGAGUGGUGAGACCCCAGAAUUCCCAAAUUCCCUAA